UUGGCUUAGCCCCCAAGACACCCUUUCUAUAUAACAAGGAAGUCAUCCCCCUCCUCCGGUAUCUCACUGAAUAAAAAAGAAACAUCAUCAUGGCCGGAGGAACCGAGGCUUUUCCUGAUUUGGGUAAACAUUGUCAAUUUUCAGGUUGUUAUCAAUUAGAUUUUCUUCCUUUCAAAUGCCAAGCUUGUCAUAAGGUGUUUUGUGUGGAACAUAGAUCGUGUAAGUCUCAUGAAUGUCCGGAACCGGAACAUAACAGUAGGAAGGUGAUUAUUUGUGAAAUCUGUUCUAUGUCGAUCGAAAUAACGGGCAAAGAAGAUCAAGAGAAGAUGAUAUUGGAGAAACAUGAGAAGUCUGGGAAUUGUGAUCCAAGGAAGAAGAAGAAACCAACUUGCCCCGUUAAAAGAUGUAAAGAAACGUUGACAUUCUCUAAUAGAACCAUUUGCAAGACAUGUCGAUUGGAGGUUUGUUUGAAACACCGGUUUCCAGCUGAUCAUGCUUGCAAACAGGCUUCUUCCUCCACCACUCCAGCGGCAGCCGCUGGAGGAAGCUGGAACGAGAAGUUCUUGGUGGCUUUUGGUUUAAGGAAUGGGAAAGAUUGCGGCAAGAGUGGGCGACCUUCAUCAUCGACUACUCCAUUUUUAAAGGCCUAUUAGGACUUUUAUGGUUUAUGAGACACUAUUGUAAAUGCUAACUCUUUGAAUCCUCUAUAAGAAUUCAAUAUUUACGAAGAGUUGGAUUA